CACACCUUCCUUAGCUACUUCCUCUUAAAUUACUAAACCAAACUAUAAAUACCACCCAACUUCUUAUAUUUUUAAAACAUUCAAUUUCACUACUUCUUCCCUCUCUCUUUCUUUCUCUUUAAGUUUGAUAUUCAAGUCCCCAUAAGAAAAAAAAAAUGGUUUCUUUUUCUUUUUCAGAAAGUUCUUUUGUGGUGUUUCUGGUGUUUUGCAUGGUUGUUGUUAAUGUCUCAGCUGGUGAUUUGAACCAAGAUUUUAAGAUUACAUGGGGUGAUGGCAGAGCUAAUAUUGUCAACAAUGGAGAGCUUCUUACUCUGUUGCUUGAUAAAGGUUCAGGCUCUGGAUUUGAGUCAAAGAAUGAGUAUUUGUUUGGCCAAAUUGAUAUGCAAAUCAAGCUUGUUGCUGGAAACUCUGCUGGUACUGUCACUGCCUAUUAUUUGUCGUCAAAAGGGUCAACUUGGGAUGAGAUUGACUUUGAGUUCUUGGGGAAUCUGAGUGGUGAUCCUUACAUUCUUCACACCAAUGUGUUCAGCCAAGGCAAAGGCAACAGAGAACAACAGUUCUACUUAUGGUUUGACCCAACUGCUGAUUUCCACACAUACUCCAUUCUUUGGAACCCUCAGCACAUUGUUUUCUCAGUGGAUGGUACUCCAAUUAGAAAGUUCAAGAACUUGGAAUCAAAGGGUGUGCCAUACCCAAAGAACCAGCCAAUGAGAAUCCACUCAAGCCUUUGGAAUGCUGAUGAUUGGGCCACAAGAGGUGGUUUGGUGAAGACUGAUUGGAGUAAGGCUCCCUUCACAGCCUCAUACAGAAACUUCAAAGCCAAUGCUUGUGUUAUGAACUCUGGCUCAUCUUCUUGUGCUUCAUCAAACUCUCAAGCUAAUUCAAAUUCAUGGCUCAACCAAGAGUUGGACUCAGCUGGUGAACAAAAGCUGAAAUGGGUUCAGAAGAAUUACUUGAUCUACAAUUACUGCACUGAUUCUAAGAGAUUUCCUCAAGGUUUCCCACUAGAAUGCACAGUGGUCUAAGAAUUGAGUUAUGAGGUUUUAUCUGUGUGUGUUAAGGAUUUUGAUGUAAAGUAUUAGGUUAAUUAUUUCAUUUGUUAUAUUUAGAUAUAAUAUUCUUUAUUUGUUUUAAAUUAUGUACCACAAAUUCUAUCAGACAAUGAAAUUAUUUUAUUAUACAA